UCAAAACACAGAAUUCUCAAUGCCAGUAUGAAAUUAAGCAGAUGCAGAAGGCACUAUUGGAAGCUAAGAAAGAAAUUAUCGAGCUAAAGCAAUACAGCAGGAGCCAGAACGUAGAAAUAAAAGGCAUACCAGUGGUGCCUGAUGAGAAUCUGCGCAAGUCAGUGGAAAAAAUAGCAACAUCUGUGGGUGUCGAUGUCUCCGAAGACGACAUUGACGUUGUGCACCGAGUCCGUUCAAAGGACAAGGAUAGACCUAAUGUUGUGUUGCGCUUUUCCACUCGUGCUGUGCGGGAUAAGUUCUUCUCUGCAGCUAGAAAGGCAAGGCUUACCACAAGAAUUCUUGGCUUCGAAGAAUGCAAUCCGGUUUAUGUUAAUGAGCAUCUCUGUGUAGAGAACAAAGUACUGUUGAGCAAAGCACGUCAACUGCGCCUAGAGAAAAAAUGGAAGUUUGCCUGGGUUUCGCAAGGAAAGAUCUUCAUGAGGAAGACAGAAACCUCAAUUGCAUUGAGAAUUGAAAGUGAAAGCGACCUGGCUCAAAUUGUAUAGUUUUUUUUUCUUGUACAUAUCUUCUCGUUGUCUUUCUGUUUCAUCAUGACAUUUAGUGGCGAUCAAGUUGAUCAAUUAAUAAAACACCAAGAUCUGUUCUCAGUUUUUCAUUGCAAUGUGCGCAGUAUCCAAAAAAAUCUGAACUUACUGAGUGCUUACCUAUCUAAGCACACAUUUCCUUUUGACAUGAUCGCUAUUACGGAAACCUGGCUCAAAGAUAAAGAAUCACCAUUUAUACCAGGCUACAAACUUUCCUCUCUGCCAAGAGUUUCAAGGGCACGAGGAGGUGGUGUUGCCUUCCUUAUAA